AUGGAUACAUCACUUUCCCUUCUUUGUCCCCCUUCUAGUUCUUCUAUGGAAGAUACAGGGUCUAAGCUGACAGAAGUCAUAUCAGAGCCCACAGUCACACUGGAAAAUGAAGUGAAGGGUAGUAUUCUAUCCACUCCUCUACAGAAGGGGAAGUCAGACAAGAGAGUGGAAUGGUCAAGUGAUACAAUAGACAAUGAGCACUUGGGCCGUCGCUCAUCUAAAUGCUGCUGCAUUUAUGAGAAGCCUCAUGCAUUUGGUGAGAGUUCCUCCGAGAGUGAAAAAGAAGAUGAAGAGAACUGUGAUGCUAUACUAUGUGUCUGGGGUCAUCACAAGGGAAGGCAUCGUGCACUUUCCAAUACCACUUCUAGUAUUUCAUCUUCAAAACCUUCAGAUCCAUGUCAACCCCCUCCUUCACCCAUUAAGGGCUAA